UGGCUGAUUGAAUGAGGGCGCAAUGCACUAGACUACGAAGACCAUUCGGGAAAAAAAUGUGAAGAGGGCCAAUUCCCUUUAGAGAGAAACGGUCAAAAUUGGUGUUAAUGUACCAUGGUAAAGGUGACGUUGAUUGCCUAAACGUGACAAUUUUAUCUUUGAUCAAGAAUGACUAUUUACAACCUGUACAUAUUCGACCGUAAUGGUGUGUGUUUGUACUAUCAAGAAUGGAUGCGUGAAAAGCAACCAGGAAUGUCACAGGAUGAGGAGUUCAAGCUCAUGUAUGGAAUGAUUUUCUCCAUCAAGUCAUUUGUCAGUCGGAUGGCACCUGUAGAUUUUAAGGAUGGCUUCUCCAGUUUUUGCACCAGCUCGUACAAGCUACAUUUCCAUGAGACAGCCAGUGGCUUGAAAUUUGUCAUGAACACGAGUCUCAAUGUCAGCUCCAUCCGCGACGAGCUACAACACAUCUACAGUGCACUAUUUGUAGAGUACGUUGUGAGGAAUCCUUUAUGUAAGCUAAGCCAGCCCAUCAACAGUCAACUCUUCAAGACCAAACUUGACAGCUACAUCAGGGGGCUACCUUUCUUCUCUGCAAAAGUGAACUGAACCAACUUGUAAUGUCGGAAAUCCUGAAUUGAUUAUUGUAGUAUUUUCCCACUUGCAAAGGACAGCCCGGGAGGCUGAAACCAGACCCAUAGACAUCCUGCAUAUGAAGUGUGUAUACAUGUACAUAUCGAUUUCCUUGGCAUUCCCAGACCAGUUGUGUUGGUAGGAAUGAGGUGUGUUGGAAUUAUCAGGAGAAUAGCCUGGAAUCUGCCUCUGAGGACCCAAAACUUUGUAUCUUUAUGUGUUUUAGUCCGGUCCUCGCCGUCAUCAACCAAAACUACUAUUUCAGCUGGGCUCACGUUCAGAAAGUGAGAGCUCUUUGAACUUGAUACAGAAGGUGUAGAUUGACACUAAGAGGUGGGGAGCUGUACAUGACUAGUUUUCGACAGAAUUUGCACAAAUGCAUUGAUGGAAGUAGCGUUUGUACUGCUUAGGCUUAAGCUGUGCACAGUGUCCAGAGAGGCUGCCAAGGAGUUAAUUCUGCUGAGCACAAAAAUAUUGCUUAGCAAAAACGGUUUACCAGCUACAGUCUCUUUGACUGCUCUCUGUCUGUUGUAGCAUAAUGCAUUUAUUCUCUGAGCACUGUUUUAAGCAGAAUAGCUAAGCGUCUGAAGAGAAGUUCCCUAAUGUCAAACAGUUUGAAUGCCAGCUAUAUCCCAUCCGUGCACUCUAUGCUUUAUACCUCAACACACCAACUGCUGUCAAGCAUUUUGGCACCUGCUGUCGCUACAUCACACUUGUUGGGUCAGUUUGGUAUUUCAAAAAUACACGAGUACGAGGGAACAAAGUGCCCACGUUAGGUGGCAUAUGGCUGUGCUAAAUAGCUCUGAUAGGGCAGACGAUUUGUGCAUGAAUGCUGCUGUUCCCAAAUGGAUGUGCUCCAGUCAAGGCAUGCACUGUUGGUAUAUACAAUGUGUACCCAACUGGCUUAUUCCUUUCCCCAAACUUUGUUAUUAAAACCUGAUUCUUAGUAAGAAGUUCUCUCUCUCUCUUCUUGUAAAUAAAUGCACAUGUUUGUAGAUGGUAUA